AUGGUGGGCUCUUCUGCGCACCGCGCUGUGGCGUUGCGGCUCCUGAGCACUUUGGUGGCUGCCAUUGCUGUCGAUGCAGCCGCCAGCGGCACGCGCAAGCUGCUCCAAUCUUCGACCACGAUCAGGGGCAGGGCCAUCGUGGUCCACCAGGAGUUUGUGGGUGGCGUUUCCGGGAAGUUCCUCGCCCUGCGCACCGACAACGGAGUGAACGUGCAGCUGGCCAAUGCGGUGGUGGACGACGCCUCGACGGGACAGAUGGCGGAGGCCACCGGCACCUGGUGCCAGCAGAACAACGGCCAGGGCAACGCGUUUGGGAAGUUCAAAACCGAAUCCACGACCGUGUCUGGCAACCCCAAGACGGACACAGUGACCACCACCGCCUAUGCCGAGCCUCCCGAGCUGGCGGACGUGACGGUGGGCACCUCCUCCGGCGCCACCGCCACCUCCGCCACCCUGCGCGACGCCACCCUGAACGUCACUGCCUUCUCGGGGGCCAUGGUGACCAGCCCGCUGUUCCAGCCCGUCGUGUCCACCCUGUUCGUGCUGACGGCAGCCUCGCGAGCGCUGCUGCCUGGGAUCCGCUCCCACCUGGUGCCGGAGCAAGGCAGGGUUGUGACGGCGGUCACGGCGGAGUUGGAGCGCUUGAACAUCUACCCCACCGUCGUCACCGUGGGCUCGAUGUUCCAGCGCUGCACCUUUGGAGGCACCAAGCUCAACACCUCCAACUCCGCCGUGACCGCCGUCACCACCCUGCCCUGCUCCGGCACCAGCUCCGAAGGCGCCUGGACCUUCUCCAGGUGCGAGUUUGCCGACAUGGAUGGUACCGCCGAGGCGGCGGAGGCCAAGUUGAGGGCGCAGGGCAUCAACGUGGAUGCAUACUUCUACCGCGUCUUCAUGCUGCCCCCUGGCUUAUGCGCCGGCAUGGUCGGCACCGGCUACGUGGGCUGCGACGGGUCAUGGCCCUGCCGCGCCUGGGUGGGCCACGACUUCUGGACCUCGCCCAUGACCAUCGCCCACGAGCUAGGCCACAACCUGUACCUGUCCCACUCUGGCUCCGCGCUGUCUGGCCAGUGGGACGAGUACGAUGACGAGAGCUGCGCCAUGGGGUACUGCUGCUCGUACUGCUGCCUCAACGCGCCCAAGGCCUGGCAGCUGGGGUGGAACCCGGUGAAGGAGCUAGGCAGUACCGCCAUGAAGCCGGGCACUACCGUGUCCACGUCUCUCUUCAGCCAGUCCCUGGCGAUAGCCGCCGCCGCGCUGCGCGUCAAGGUGUCGUACUGGGUGGGCGGCGAGGCCAGUGUGUACGUUUCGUACCGCAAGCGCCACAACACCACCAACCACCCCGAUGCCUACCUGCCCGCCAGCGUGGCCGACCAGCUGGUCAUCCACACAUCCAACGUGGCACAGCCUUUCGACCCCGCCGUGUCGCGCUCGCGCCGGCCUGGUCCCCCGCCGCCCCCGCUCGGUGCAGUCGGCGAGGCGUGGACGCACCCCAACGCCGCCACCGGCCUGGUCAUCCGCCGCGUGCCAUGCAACCUCACCAACCGCGCGCAGGUGCAUGUGUGCCGCAAGGGCGGCCCCGAGACGGCAGCCACCUGCGCGUUCAACAUUGACAACGACUGCAACGGGCUGAGCGGGCCGGAGGACCCGGCCUGCGCCCUGAUCUGA